GUUGUAACACCCUGUGUGUUGUGGAGGUGUAUUGUUAUUCCAGAAACUAGGAUGGCGCGUAAAAUACUACUCUAUUAAUUAAUGUUUCAUCAUGUUUAUAUUUUGCUGUUGACGUUUGAGUACCGCGGAGGUUGAUUUAUAAGUACGUUGUCUUUUUAGCUGUGUGAUUGUAAAUAUAAGUGAAUCCACCAUCGCUCCUAAGGAGUAUGUAAAUUUUUUGUUACUUUUAGCUAGAAAGCACAACUAUCAGUUUGGUAAGAAUGCAUUUAUAAGGAAGAGCUUUUCACGGUGGUUUUUUUAUUACGUUAUCGCGUAAUUUUACGUGUAGAAAGCGCGGCGUUGGUAAUGUAAUGUGUAUCACAACCCUUACAGUCACUUAUUUUGUAUUGCGCCAGAAAGAUACACCAUGUCACUGGUAGCUUACGGUAGCAGUGAUGAGAGUGGUGACGAAGAUGAAAAGGACAAUUCAGUGAAAACAAAAAAUAACUCUGAAUUUGAAAGCAUUGAUCAUCCAUCAGAAAGUAAUACAAUCAGUUCUGUUGAAGUAUCAGAAGAAACUGUCUUUGAGAAGAAGAAACUGAGUGAGUCAAAUGAAAUAAAUGAUGAGGCACCUGCAUCGGGUUUAUUUUCUUCAUUACCUGCACCCAAAUCAAAAGCGUUAAAAUAUGAAGUGGACAACAAGUUAACUGAAACACCUGAUCUAGAUAUACCAAGGAAACAACCAGUGAAAAUUACUGUUCCGGCAUUGUCUGAAUUUAAAGAUGAUGAAAAUGAGGAACCAGUGACGAAAAAACUGAAACCAUCAUCGAGGGGUUCUGGGCUAUUCUCAAUUCUUCCUGCUCCCAAAAACAUGACCGUGAAAGAAGCAAAUCGUCCAUUAGUACCAAAUGUAUUGAAGAAGAAGACUACCGUGGCACCACGUACUGUCAAAGCCCCAGAAACAGUGAAGAAAUUGUCAACAGACCUGUUUAGCUAUGCUGAUUCUGAAGAUGAAUCAGGUGAUGAAGAGACAAACACGCCAAAGGAUUUCUUUGCUUUAACAGAAGAAACAAAUCCUCCAAAAAAUUGUGCACCAGAUAUAUGCUUUCCUGUUGGUGGUACUUCCUCUUUACAGUCUCAGGAAGUUGCUGAACAGUCUGAAAGUACAGAUAUAGGCCAGGAAGCCUCAUAUGGUCAACAGAAUGAGCAGCACGUAGCUUUUGAUGCCCAGUAUCAACAGAACUUCUGGUUCCAGUAUGGUACAGUGCCUCCACCACCCCCUCCUCCUCCUCCCCCUCCUCCUCCUCCUCCAGCAGACAGUGAGACUCAAGAGGUAACAGACAGCUCAGAUCAAAUACCGGUUGAUAACGGAGAUUUACAACUGGAUGAAGAAGCGCUUCAGAGGCUCUGUGGUCGUCGAGCCAAGAGACAAGGACAGGCAAUGGAGCUGAUUGAUGUGAGUGGAGAUGCUAUCAUGCCAGAUCCAAAAGAGUGGCUAACAAAACAGCUAACACAAGAGCAACAAACAAAGGUUCAUGGUCACAGUCAUCGGAGAAAUGAUGGUCCAACAACACAGCAGAGACGGAAACAUCAAAUAACUUACCUAGCAUUCCAGGCUAAAGAAAAUGAAUUGGAAUUAAAAAAUCAGUGGUCUCAGAAUAGAAUGUCAAGGAAGCAGACACAGUCCAAGUAUGGUUUUUAGAACUGAUGUACCUGUUGUCCGGCAGCAGGUGAUUCUGAGUCCAGGCUACCAGUACGCGAUGGCUAUGGGAUGUACACAAAUCUUCAUAGAAAACUUUCGUUUCUAAAAAAUAGAAGUGUGUCUGAACAUAUUGUAUGAUUUUAAAAUGCUGGUUGUUUGUUUUUUUUUAUUUUAUGUAAAGUUUGUAUAAAUUUUGUAAUUGAGGUUGAAGUACAAACAAUUUAAGUAAAAUGA